CCGAGGGUAUAAAACACCCACGGCGGGCUGCGUGUAGUUUGUUUACGCUGCUGGCCUGCUGCUACCACUAGCCCAAAGACGACAGCGGAGUCAAAAGUCUGUGGGCUGGUAAUGUUUUGAGGUGACGAUGGAGGCUGUGGACCAUGCCAAUGAAGAUGACCCGCUGAAGAGGCUGGAGGACAGAGCAGAAACGGGAACAGCACAGUCAUCAACAGAGCUGAAGAAGAACUAUAACCCAGUGCUGAGUUUAUCCAAAUUGACUCACUGGCGAACUGCAGUCUUCUUCUUCUCUUUGUUCCUCUGCCUCACCAUCGUGUUUGCCUUCUCCUUCAUCAUCCCCUGUCCUGUCAGACCACAGUAUCUCAGUACCUGGAACAGGACUUACAAUGACGCAGCCACUUAUGAUUUCCUCGCCAUUCAAGAUUCAAACAGAGACAAAGUGAGGGAUAUCCUGUUUAUUGUUCGAGCCAGUGAAGGCACUCAGAACAAUACAUGCACUGCUGAGGGUUUGCCCUCGCCAUGUUUGUUUAUGAUGGCAGUGGACGGGACAGAUGGGACGACCCUGUGGGAGCAUCCGCUGAAGCCAGAGUUCCACUGGGCCCAGUGUGGUCUGGAAAGUGAGACGGGCAGAAAUUGGGACUGUCUGCUGUCUCAUUCUGACCAGAUCACAGCCAUCGACAAGUACACUGGUGAUGUCAGGUGGCAGCAGCUUUGGCCUUCUGGUUCUGUCCUUAGUGUCCCAGACCUGGAUGGCGACAAGGUCCACGAUCUGGCUCUAGUUGCACCUGGACCCACACAGACUUCGCUGGUAUUUCUGUGUGGGAAGUCGGGUCUACAGAUUGGUUCAGCUGUGGUUCUGAACUCCUCUGAGACUGGCGCACAUCUUCUUCAUAGCACUAAAGAUGGGUCUUACUACGUACUGCUUCAGAAAGACACCGGCCUGUACGGACUGGCACUUUGGAGGAUUGCUGCCCAAGCUAAAGUAGGUAGCAAGGCACGCCUCAAGAAGGAUGAACACUGGGAAAGCAAAGCUAAUGCCACAUCUGGCCUCGUCCCUGUCUACGAGUCUGACUCUGUGAGAUAUGUGCAGAGAAUGGAGAACAUCGAUGAGCCGUCCAGCCUGCUGCUGGUGACGGGGGAUGAGGUGGUCAUGGUUGGAGACAAUUUACAGAUAUUGUGGCGAUUCCAGAACAGCACAGUUAUCAGCAAGCCAUCCUUUGGUCACUUUAAUAAAGACAAUAACCUUGAUGUCGUACUUGAGGAGGAUGCCGGCAAUUCCACAAAGAGGGAAAUAAUUCUGGAUGGGGAGACUGGUAAGGUGCUGUGGGAAGUCCAUCUAUUAGACACUCCAAACUCACCCCGACCCGACACAGUCCACACUAUCAACUCCUUCUCCGUUUUCAUGUUCUGGGGUAUAUUGCGAAGACCAGAGACCAAUUCAUCGGUACAGUUGACAACUGACAGUCAUUCGUACAUGCUGCUUCCGCUGCAUCCUAACGUUCUCCUUGAAUCAACCAGCGUCUUGGACCACAUUAUUACAUUCAAAGCCACACUGCUGGAGCGUGGGCGCCACGCCUCUUAUAUCCUGCUGACGGGUCCUGAGGUAAAUGGCGCUGAAGGGACAGUCGUCCUCAGGAAGCGGAAAGUGAAGCAGGACGUCCCCAACAGCAGCGUCCGAUGUACCGACACCGGUGAGUUUAAAGAGGCCGACAAUGUCAAAGAGGAUUUCAAUCGACUCCGCUUCAGCGAGGAGUGACGGGACCUACUGUAUGGAAUCCAUUUCGGUCCAGCUGUGUUUGAAGACCAAAGCGUGCAUGCAAGCUCUCGCCUUCUAACCACCAAAGAUGUUUUUUUUUGUGUGUGUGUGUGUUUCUCUGACUUGACAAAUACUUGGGUGUAUCUCAUCUGCUGUUCACCGACAAUCUCUGCACUGGUAGCUGUUCUGCUGAGAAGAGGAGCUGCCUUGCUGUAGAUUGUUUUAUUUCUCCUCACACUUACAUGAAUUGGUUCAAUGCUCUUUUAUUUUAACUAGUUUAUAUUUUGAAUCUAUGCAACUGAUUCUCCUGUGCUUUAGGGCAGCAAAUCCACAGUGCUAGAAUUCGAUGGUAGCUGUUUCUAUUUCCAACAUCGGCACUUUCUUGAAACUAUUCAGUGCGACAAACCUGCUGUACAUUUAAACUGCAAAAUAAUGGAAAUGUUGUUAAUCUGCAGUCGGGACUGCUGUAGGGUUAAUGAUUUUUGUAUUUAAAAUAUUGUAGGUGUUAACAUCAGGUCAUGUUGACAACAUUUAGAGCACUUGAUAAUCCACGAUGCUGAUCAAACGUCAGGCUUCUGUUAAUUCAGCCGAGUCUCAAAGGUUCAUUAUGACACCGAGUUAUUGCUGAGUGUGUAGUUAUUUUAUGAAACCUUUCUUCCUCUUUAGUGUAUCACACUGAAAAUUAGGUGCCUCUUUCUUGUAUAUAUUAUUGAACCUGUGGAAUGUGCCUUUUUGUAGCUGGAUUUCUUUGUUUGAAUGUUGAGCAAUAUUAAACUAUUUUAAAGUAUUUUUA